CUGGUUGAGGGAUAAAUAUCAGACAACAUUGGGGAAAAUUAUAUUGCUCUGCUUUUAUUACAAUACUACUAUGGGAUUUGUUUUACAUCCAUCUGUGAGGGGACAGAGGUUGGCAUUGCAUGUGAAAAAUAGAGCCUCCAACAGUGCAGUAUUCCCUUAGCACAAUGAAAAUAUCCACCCAGAUUAUGGGUUGGUCUGUGGUGCGAGACUGAAUCCGUGACCUUCUGACUCAAGAUGAGAGAGCUACCACUGAGACACAGCUGACGCAUCAAAGUCAAAAUAGUUUUGGCUUUGUUCUUCACUAUUAGUAUAUUUUCCUGGCACCUGAUAUUGUUCAUAUUUUAGAAGGUAUGGUGCAUUAGUUACAAAAUCUAUCCCUAACUGAUUUGAUGUAAGCAGGUGACAGUGGUGUCCUAGGUUGGUAUUUGGGGGAUUUUCAAGCCCAGCAUAAAUACUUCAUUAUUACGAUUUUGAUAAAUGUCCAGAGUGUUGGUUGUUGGUCUAAGGAGGUGAUCUUGUGCAGCUGGUCAGACAUCCGAUAAAGACCAACUAUGUGUGACAAGUGCCAGAAACCACAACAAACAGUAGAACAUUACAACUAUUGCAUUCCAAUCAGCGUUGACAUAUAGUCAUUUUUCCUUUCUCUCCCCAGCCAGCAGUGUUACCACAUCCUAAAUAACAAAUGCUGAAGCAGAAGUUUCAUUUGGCAGCAUCGAUGUAUGUCGAUUUAAAGUUAUUUUAGCUAAUGCAAAAUCAAUUUUUUUUCGUUCUGUGGGUAAUGACGAUUCUGGGACGCUUUCAUUUGUAGAAAUAAAAGAUUGCCGGAUCAGAGGUCGACUGACUGUCAAGUAUGUGCGUUAUUAAUAUUAAGAUAAUCUCAUGACACUAAGCAGCUGAUCCUCACCCGUCCUAAAUGUCAAUGGUCAGUUCCGCAGUGAUCGGAUUUGCCAUCUGCUUCGAUUGUGGGGUUUGGGCAAGAAAGAGAGACGUGUUGGAGGGAUGAAAUGGAACAGAACAACAUCUGCAUCCUGCGGGUUUCUUCAUCAGCCCGGGACACGUGGGUCCGGGUCACAUGAUGCCAGGUCACAUGAUUCGCCUUGAAGUUUGUUACUUCGUGAAGUUUCAGCCAUGGCGCUACCGGUGGUCAGUCUGAAGAUGAUCAUCGUUGUGCACUGGCUCCUGACAACCUGGGGCUACUUGUAUCCCUGGCUCCCACAAGCUUACCUCUGGAGUAAUUAUGCUGUACUGGCCAUCGGGAUUUGGGCCAUUGCUCAGAGAGACUCUGUUGACGCUAUUGUCAUGUUUCUGGUUGGCAUAUUGAUAACAAUUCUCAUGGACAUCAUCGACAUUGCAAUCAGCUAUGAUCGUCUAUCUGGUAGACAGCCCGACAUUGCAUUAAGGGACCAGUUCCGCUUCAGUGUUGGCAUGGCAAUUUUAAGUCUCCUCUUGAAACCGGUUUCUUCUGUUUUUGUGUAUCAGAUGUACAAGGAACGAGGGGGCGAUUAUAACCUAAACUUUGCGCCCUCCUCAAGAUCGUUGCUAGCCUCUGCAUGUGAUUCUAUUGCCAUGGGAACAAGAGCAGGUAUUAAUCUUGGGCUCACUGUAUGUGCACAAAGGUGUACAUCACUAUGUGUAAUUUUAUUCAAUUAUGUGCCAUUUGUUCUCAUUUUAGUGCCUGGUUACUGUCAGCAUUCUGAAUGGUAUAAUUGUGAAAUGUAUCUAUUAUUGCUAAUAAAAUCCACUAAAAUGGCCUUACUGCUGUAAGCUUUUGAGUGCUACCAAGUAACAGAUGCAGUUCAACAUGAUUUAAAACAGACAGUGGCAGGAACAAAUGGAGGCAUUACUUUUUUCAUGUGGCAAAGCAGCUGAAUUUAUAAAUCCUCAGGAAUACUAUAUCAUGAAGAAUUUCCUAAUUGUGCUAACAAGUAGAAUACCACAAAUAGAUGACAGCAGUCAUCUUGCCACCAAUCUGGCUGAGCAUAAGCUGCAAUAUUGAAUGCCAUUUCUGCACUUUUGGAUCAAGUCUAAAAAUAAAUCUUACAUCAAAUACAGGUUCAUCCAAUCUACAGUCCUUUAACUUUACUAAUAGUAGCUUUGUCUGUUGCUCUUUCAGUCGUCUUCCUCAUCUACUUUCAACAUACUCCAACUUCCUGGCACUGAGGCAUUUCUGCAAACCACAUUUUGCACAUCAUACAGGGUAACUACAGGAGAUCUGAUUUCUGUAACAAUUCCCUCAAAUGAAUAAAGCAAUAAAUAUGAC